AGAGAAGGCACCGAGAUCCCGGGUAAACGUCGUUUUGGAGCUUUCCUGAUGAACAGUUUGUCUCCCGCUCAUUCGUCGGUAUCGACGACCGCCGUCGCUGGAGGCGGCGGAAGCAGUGGCGCCGCCGCCGGUUUGGAAGAAUUCCAUUUUCCGCCUGACAUCGCUUCUAUUCAGGAGCGCAAGGACGAAGCCAUGCGCGUAUUGAAGGCCGAUUUAAUGGCUGAACUAGACAGGCAGGUUAAGUCUUUGGACGAUGACAACUGGAUAUUCGAAGGUCCUCGUUCACGUAUCAAUCUUAUAUCCAGAAGAGGUGGGUAUCUGCAUAAACAAGAUGAGGCUGCAAAGAACACAGGAUUGGCUCAGCUACCUAAAUGACCACUUUUGAUUCUCAUGGCAUCUCUUCAUGUAAUUCCACAACUCAGUUCUAUACGCCACGAUUGUCAAGAAGAGCAAGCAUUUAUCUGCCAACAAUUCUCAGGGCAUCAUCGGCAAUGGCCACCGGAAAACCGAAACCCUCUGUGCCCUGAACACCAUCCGGCCAGACCAAGACGACGACAGUCCUUUUUCUUCAUCCUCGCUUGAGAAAGUUUAGUCCUUUUUUCCUUUUUCCCGUCUGCGAAAGCUACAAAAACACAUUAUACAGGGCUUGUUAGGGAAACCGAAACAGCUAAUGAUGGCCUUGAUUUCCAGUCGCCAAUAAACGUAACUCAGAUUGAUUUCUUUCGGA